UCUAAGCAAAGCAAUUCAUUCAUUCUGUCCAACCUUCAACAUUGAAAAAAAAAUGGGUAUUAUCACUACUUUCGCUAAACGCUACACUUCACCAAUCCCUCCUUCAAGAAUGUUCAAAGCCCUGAUCUUGGAUUCGAGCAACUUGAUCCCAAAGCUCUUGCCAGAUUUCAUCGCUAGCAUCGAUGUGAUUCGUGACCAUGACGAGGAUCCUCCGAGGACUAUAGAACAAGUCAAUUUCACUCCAGGUGCUAACAUGAAAUGUGUGAGGAAUCGGAUCGACGAGCUCGAUGAAGCGAACCUCUUGUGCAAGUACACGAUGAUCGAGGGAGAACCUCUAGGUGAAAAAAUCGAAUCCAUUUCUUAUGAGGUCAAGUUUGAGGGCGAUGGAGAAGGAUGUGCUUGUGUGGUGACUAGCCAUUAUAAUGCUGUGGGGGAGUAUGGUAUUGAAGAAGGAGAAAUUGAGGAAGGGAGGGAGAAAGCCAUGGGGAUCUUUAGGGUUGUGGAAUCCUACCUCUUGGAGAACCCACAUCUCUAUAACUAAUUUUAUGGACUCCAUCAUUUGUGUUCUUUAUAAGUUUUCAUUUUCUUAGUUUUUUAUUAUUAACUCUAGUUCAGAGAUAUUCUAAAUCGUGAGAGAUAUUGAUUUUUUUUUUCUUAGUUAAUGAGAAGCGCAAAGCUUUAAGUAUGUGUAAUUCUUAUGAUGUGUUUUCUUUUGUUUGCAAGUUUAUUUUCUUUCACUUACAUGAAUGACAGUGGAUAGAUUUUCUUUUGGUAAUUGUUAAAUUGAUUUAUUGUCGUCAAUAUAUGUAUCAUAUAUGUGUUGAUAAAAUUGAAGCAAUGUGGAUUACAACCUUUGAUACUUGUAAUUGUGUUUUCAAUAUUUAAAAAACAUUUUUAAAUUAA